AUGGCAAGAGGACUGCGGCUCGGCUCCAAGGCCGACGUGCUCAAGAACCUGCGCUCGAUGCUGCGUGUGGCCCGCACGCGCAGCUCGCAGACGUCCCUUCGCGACUGCAAAUUCUCGCAGCAUAUCCUCGCACAGUUCCGUGCACGGCAGCACGAGAAUGACCGCUCCAAGAUGCGCGCGUACCGAGCAGAAGCCAGCGACUAUUUGAUGCUGCUACGAGGCAUUGAGGAGCAGCGUCAUCUAUGGGCGCUCGACGCUGGUCUGGAAAACACGCUCUCGAGCCAAGAGAUGGUUCAUCGCUCAGCACGUCGCGUGGGUCUGGAUGUUCCAGACUUGUACACUGAGACGCAGGCAGACGAGGAGCGCAAGAAGGCGGCGGCGGCGGCCGAAUACCUCGCCAAGAAGCGGAUGAAUGAGACCGCGGCAGGCCAGUGA